AUGGCUCCAGCCAGCCUGCAGCCAAGCAGGCGAAGCUUUCGUCUGGUUCACGGGACGGGCCUCGUGUUGAUUCUCGCCAUUUUCUACAAACUAUUUAUCCAUGAUAUUGUUUUCGAAAAACCAACCCCCAUCCCAACCGACCGGAAUGUCGGUGGCUUCUCCUGGAGAUGUACACGCCUCGAACAUCCUCUCAUGGAGGGAUGCGAGCACCUGUGGUUGGAUCAUAAGAAUCGAAAGCUCUACGGGACGUGCUCCAACUUUUCAACGCACACGGAUACUUCCGUCGAAUCCGAUUAUCCAACCAUGGCACGCAGAGAUCAUGUCAGUGUGAUGGAGAUUGACUCGCCGCCAGGGCAAGAUAAUGCCUACAACCUGCACCGAUUAGAGGUCGCAGAUGGCUUCAAAGGAGAACUGGACCUUCACGGGCUAGACGCACGCCGCAUCGGAGAUCAGCUUCGUUUCUGGCUGAUCAACCACAGGCCAUUCGUCAAUGCAGACACAGGAGAAAUCAUAGAAGAGAAAAAGAACUAUACCGUGGAAGUGUUUGACUUGGACGAGGACGCUGGUGCUCUUGUACCCGUCAAAACAAUAUCAAGCGAGCUCUUGGACUCACCAAACAAUCUAGCCGUGGACACCACAGGAGACGGGAUCCUCGUGAUUAACGAUCACGUCACAAAAGUCGGACCCUUCCGAGGCGGGAAAGAGGUAGUGGGCGAUGCGAAUCUCGCGGAAUGCCAAACAGAUUCGGGUGAAUGUCGUCUGAUUACUACCAAGGGCUUUGGGUAUGCCAAUGGCAUCGUAAUCGAUAGCCAGGAACACAUAUACGUGCCUGGCGUCUCCGGGGUAGUGCUUGUCUAUGAGAUGGAGUACGGAGAACUCAAACUCUUGAAUUCAUUCAGAACGUCGUUGGGAAUCGAUCGGAUCUCCGUCAAUGCAGAAGAUAGCAUCGUCAUUACUGCGUUUCCAGAUUCGUUGGAGCUGAUAAAAGCGUCGACAAACCCGCUGGAUCCAGUGCCUGGAGCAACUUUGCUUUUAGCCAAAAGGGAAACUAUUAAUCCAGAGCAGUCAGAGGAGCAGGGGUAUCAAGCCUACUUUUUGAUCACAGAUGAAGAUGGCGAGCUCAUGCCCUCCACUACUAUCGCUGUGCAUGAUGUCAAGACGGAUCGCCUGUUUCUGACAGGAAUAUUUUCGCGUGGCAUCAAUAUCUGUACACAACGAGCAAUGAAAUGA